ACAAAAUAGAAGAAGAAGAAGGCGAACGUGAACGGCUAGUGCUUUGGUUUGUUUACGUCGUGAAUAUAAAAUGUCACAAUUACAGUUCUUGAAUGUGUUUAUUACCGAACGAUUAACAGCGGUAGCUAUGGAGAUAUCCGUUGUACUUGAACAAAAUAUAGGCGAGUACCUGGAAGAAAUCUCCCGUUCAAACGAGGAGAACAAACGUCUACAGAGCCUGUUGGAUUUGGUUUUCAACUCCGAAAUCAAGUUACACCGCGAAGACUCCCAGCAGCUCUCUUUUCCUGUCUCUGAAGAGGAGGUUCCACAUGAGCAGCAGCACUGUGAGCAGGAGAGUAGCCCCCGUCAGUGGCAGGAGGACCCAGAGCCCACACAGAUUAAAGAGGAACAGGAGGAACUCAGGACCAGUCAAGUGAGGCUGGAACCUGAUACCAAAGACAUCUUAAUCCCUGCCUGUAUGAAAAGUGACUAUAAACAGGACCCACCUCUGCCCUCACAUCUUGACCAAACCUUGGAGAACAGAGAGAGGGACUCUCUACCCACCAACACAACUGAACAGAACAAAACAGAACCUGAUGGAGAGGAUUACAGCAUAUCAGAACCAACCAGGGACUCUCAGCUCCUCUCUGAAGCCCAGGUAGAAAACAUAGAACAAUGUGUUGAUGGGAUGGAGAGACCCAUUCCCCCUCCCUUCUCUCCAGACUCCCAGCAGCCCUCUCUCCCUGUCUCUAAAGAGGAGGUUCCCCCAGAGCAGCAGGAGAGAAGUCCCAGGCUGGGUCUGGAGGAACCAGAGCCCACAAAACAAGAGGAACUCUGGAUGAAUAAGGAGGAACAGAAGCUGGAAUCUGACAGCAGAGUAUCAGAACCAACCAGUGAUUCUCAGCUCCUCUCUGCAGUAAAUCCAGACUGUUCUGCAGCUCUGGGUGAAAACGGAGUAUGUGUUGAUGGGGCAGUGGAGAUGCUUAUUCUUAUUCUCCUCCCUCCACACUCCCAGCAGCUCUCUCUCCCUGUCUCUGAAGAGGAGGUUCACCCUGAACAGCAGCACUGUGAGCAAGAGUGGAGCCCCAGUCAGGGGCAGGAGGACCCAAAGCCCACACAGAUUAAAGAGGAACAGGAGGAACUCAGGACCAGUCAAGAGGAAGACCAGCCUCAAGGUCUGGAGUCUGAAAUCAGAGUAUUAGAACCAACCAGCCUCUGCAGAGUUUUAGAACCAACCAGUCUUUGCAAAGUAUUAGAAUCAACGUCUGUAGCAAAUCCAGACUGUUCUGCAGCUAAGAGGGAAAAGAUAGAAGAAUAUGUUGAUGGGUUGGAGAGACCCAUUCUACCUUCCAACCCUCCAGAACUCCCUGUCUUUGAAGAGGAGGUUCCCCCUGAGCAGCAAGAGAGGAGCCCCAGUCUGCAGCAGGAGGACCCAGAGCCCACAAAGGUUAAAGACAAACGGGAGGAAUUCGGGACCAGGCAGGAGGAAGAGCAGCUUUACAUUGGGCUAUCAGAAUCAACAAGCCUUUGUAGAGUAUCAGAACCAACCCUCUCUGCAGCAAAUCCAGACUGUUCUGAAGCCCAGGUAGGAAACAUAGAAGAACAUGUUGAUGGGAUGGAGAGACCCAUUCCCCCUCACUUCUCUCCAGACUCCCAGCAGCCCUCUCUCCCUGUCUCUAAAGAGGAGGUUCCCCCAGAGCAGCAGGAGAGAAGUCCCAGGCUGGGUCUGGAGGAACCAGAGCCCACAAAACAAGAGAAACUCUGGAUGAAUCAGGAGGAACAGCAGCUGGAAUCUGACAGCAGAGUAUUAGAACCAACCAGCCUCUGCAGAGUUUUAGAACCAACCAGUCUUUGCAAAGUAUUAGAAUCAACGUCUGUAGCAAAUCCAGACUGUUCUGCAGCUAAGAGGGAAAAGAUAGAAGAAUAUGUUGAUGGGUUGGAGAGACCCAUUCUACCUUCCAACCCUCCAGAACUCCCUGUCUUUGAAGAGGAGGUUCCCCCUGAGCAGCAAGAGAGGAGCCCCAGUCUGCAGCAGGAGGACCCAGAGCCCACAAAGGUUAAAGACAAACGGGAGGAAUUCGGGACCAGGCAGGAGGAAGAGCAGCUUUACAUUGGGCUAUCAGAAUCAACAAGCCUUUGUAGAGUAUCAGAACCAACCCUCUCUGCAGCAAAUCCAGACUGUUCUGAAGCCCAGGUAGGAAACAUAGAAGAACAUGUUGAUGGGAUGGAGAGACCCAUUCCCCCUCCCUUCUCUCCAGACUCCCAGCACCCCUCUCUCCCUGUCUCUAAAGAGGAGGUUCCCCCAGAGCAGCAGGAGAGAAGUCCCAGGCUGGGUCUGGAGGAACCAGAGCCCACAAAACAAGAGAAACUCUGGAUGAAUCAGGAGGAACAGCAGCUGGAAUCUGACAGCAGAGUAUCAGAACCAACCAGUGACUCUCAGCUCCUCUCUGCAGUAAAUCCAGACUGUUCUGCAGCUCAGAGUCAAAACGGUAAAGUUCAUCAGAGUCCCAGCACUUCUUCAGAACAAGGUUCUAGUAACGUGGAAUCAAAUGAAGCAUCUAGUUUCUCUACCUGGAGUGAGGAAAACAUCUCCGUAACAGACAGCAACUCUUCAGACAGUAGCUCCUGCACUAAAGAAGACUCUGAGGCACGUAAACCAGCGAAGAGAACAUGCCACUCUAGUGGUGUGGUGAAUGAACCAUCUGAUUUGUCCAACUUAUGUGAUGAAAACAACCCGGGGACUGAGAUCAGCCCUUCAGACGGCAACAAAGACAUGAACAUCCAAACAGACUCUGGGGCUCAUAAUCCAGCUAAGAGGAUAUGUCAGAGGGUGCAGAGUGCUUCACCAGAGGUUGUGUGCAGUAGGGUGACUACCCCAUCAGCAGCUCCAAGCUCCACACACGUCAUACCAACGUCUGUAACCGACAGUAGAAGGUCUAAGAAACAGUGUUGUCGGUACUGUGGAAAGGCUUAUGUUAAAAUCGCGAGACACCUGCGGAUUGUGCAUCGGGAUGAAGUGGACGAGGCCUUCAGCUUUAGAAAGAAGUCCAGAGAGAGAAAAGUCUUACGUCUUCAGAAUAAAAAGGGAGGCGUUGUGCGUAAUGCUGCCGUAGCAAGACGUGGGAGUGGAGAGAUGGCCUCCUGUUCCCGUCCCAAAGUGCCAGGAUCCACUCCAUGUUACACCCACUGCUUGCACUGUCAAGGUCUGUACAUUCGAAAGUCACUACGGAAGCAUGUCAGAUACUGCCCUCUGAACCCCAAAGCUGAAGAACCAAAACCUGGACCAAAGAUGAGGAUUCAGUCAGCGAUGGCGUUUAAGAUGUGUCCUCAACCCGACUACGUCAGCACAGGUCUUUGGAAGAUAGUUUGUGGUAUGAACUCCGACCGAGUUUCAUUUGUGGUUAGAAAUGACAAAUGUAUCCUCCUCAUGGGAGAGGAGCUGUACAACCAACCACAGCCAGAUGACAGAAGAAACCGAUACAUUCAACGAAGAAUGAGAGAGGUGGCAAGACUCCUCAUCACGGCCAGGACGUGUACACCUCUGAUGUGCUUUGAGGACUUGGUCAUACCUAGUAAUUUACCUCACGUCAUCACGGCAGUGAGAGCUGUUGCUGGCUACAACGAGGAGAACAAAACGUACGACCGUCCGACCCUGGCUGUUCAAAUGGGAUACAACUUAAUGAACAUUGGCAGCGCUGUGGAAUCCUGUGCACUGACGUCAGGACGACACAAAGUCGCGGAGUCUGCUGGCAAAUUCAAAAGUUUCAAGUGGAAUGAGGUUGUUUUGGCUGGAGCACUGUCCACUCUCAGUGAAUCCCAAAAUAAAUGUCCACAGCCGACCCCUGUCACACAGGCGCCUGGCCAGCCGACCCGUUGCACAGGCACCCAGCCGACCCCUGUCACACAGGCGCCUGGCCAGCCGACCUGUUGCACACGCACCCAGCCGACCCCUGUCACACAGGCGCCUGGCCAGCCGAACUGUUGCACACGCACCCAGCCGACCCCUGUCACACAGGCGCCUGGCCAGCCGACCUGUUGCACACGCACCCAGCCGACCCCUGUCACACAGGCGCCUGGCCAGCCGACCUGUUGCACACGCACCCAGCCGACCACUGUAACACAGGCGCCUGGCCAGCCGACCCGUUGCACACGCACCCAGCCGACCCGUCGCACACGCACCCAGCCGACCCGUCGUACAGGCACCCAGCCGACCCGUCGCACAGGCACCGAGCCGACCCGUCGCACAGGCACCCAGCCGACCCGUCGCACAGGCACCCAGCCUACCCGUCGUACACGCACCCAGCCGACCCGUCGCACACGCACCCAGCCGACCCGUAGCACAGGCACCCAGCCGACCCGUCGCACAGGCACCCAGCCGACCCGUCGCACAGGCACCCAGCCGACCCGUCGCACAGGCACCGAGCCGACCCGUCGCACAGGCACCGAGCCGACCCGUCGCACAGACACCCAGCCGACCCGUCGCACAGGCACCCAGCCGACCCGUCGCACAGGCACCCAGCCGACCCGUCGCACAGGCACCCAGCCGACCCGUCGCACAGGUGCCCAGCCAACCCAAAGCAACACUGUGAGAUCAAAGUGGAUCGUUGAUGAGGUAGCAGCAUUAGAGAAACACAUGAUGCCGUUCAUAAAGAGUGGCCAAGUUCCUGAAAAGAAGGACUGCCUCAAAUGCCUCCAGUCAGAACCUGUGGCGCUCAAAAGCAGAAACUGGUCGGGCAUUAAGUUUUAUGUAAAUAGAGUCAAACAGAGACAGAGUACUGCAGGGAAUUCAGAGGGCAGCACCCCUGACCUGGACUCAAACUCAGGUCCAGAGACUGGCAACCCAACACCUUAGCCAAACAAAAUGUUAUUGUUCUUUGACUCAAUAAUUGGUGCAUUCUGGGUGUGCUAUAAAGUUCAGACGUUAUGGGCAGAGUUAAAAAUCUGACUGGCAACCCAACACCUUAGCCAAACAAAAUGUUAUUGCUCUUUGACUCAAUAAUUGGUGCAUUCUGGGUGUGCUAUAAAGUUCAGACGUUAUGGGCAGAGUUAAAAAUCUGACUGGCAACCCAACACCUUAGCCAAACAAAAUGUUAUUGCUCUUUGACUCAAUAAUUGGUGCAUUCUGGGUGUGCUAUAAAGUUCAGAAGUUAUGGGCAGAGUUAAAAAUCUGACUGGCAACCCAACACCUUAGCCAAACAAAAUGUUAUUGUUCUUUGACUCAAUAAUUGGUGCGUUCUGGGUGUGCUAUAAAGUUCAGACGUUAUGGGCAGAGUUAGAAAUCUGUCUGUCAACCCAACACCUUAGCCAAACAAAAUGUUAUUGCUCUUUGACUCAAUAAUUGGUGCAUUCUGGGUGUGCUAUAAAGUUCAGAAGUUAUGGGCAGAGUUAGAAAUCUGACUGUCAGAGGUUUACAAUGUAAGUUUACUUUUAAUCUGUCUAUAUGCAUAUUUCAAGACAUGGCAUGUGGGGGUGCCGUUAGAUAACCAAUGGGUUGGACAAUAUUAUUUUACUUGAAUACUGGAAGUCAAAUUAUACUCCAACAUUAAGAGAAUGAAAGAAUCAAACAUUUUUAUUAUUUAAAAAUAUUGAAUACGAUCUUUCUACAGACAGAAACAACACGACGAUUUGAAGUCGUGAGAAAAUGGCCCCCUUUUUUAAACUUGUUUUUCAACCCCUGAGAAACACAGUUAUUGAAGCGUCCCUGGAGCAGUUCAGUGGUUCUGUGCCUUGCUCAAGGGCACAACAGCAGCAGGAGGCGGCGUCUAGGAUACCCAGAAGCCUACCAGAAUUGUUCCGUUCAGACUUGGGAUUCAAACCAGUGACUUUCCAGUUGCAGGUCUGCCUCUCAGGACAUUAUCAAUUAAAUGUUACCUGGCUAAAACCAUUUACUACAACUACUACAUUACAAACUGUUUUCCUUAGCUCGCUGAAUAACCUAGUGUUGGACUACGGUUAGCAAAAAUCACAGGUUUUCCAGAAAUCCUGGUUGAAAUGUUUACAGAAUCAGAAGGGAAAACACACUGCUACACACAAAACAAGGGCUUCGUUCAAACAUGUACAUUCAAGACAGUUUAUCAAGACAUGAUCAGUGUCGUUAUUAGAACACACAAAUACAGUCUCGGAUGUCUCCUAAAACAUCUAGUUUAUGUAUGAAACCACUGUCGUAUAAUGAUCUGUCAUGUCUUAACUCAACUCUGUUACAUUAUUAGAGACCGAGUAUUCGCACCCCUUGACUUUUUCCCACGUUUUGAAUUGAGAUUUUUGUCACUGACCUACACACAAUAUCUCAGAGUGGAAACAGUUUUUUAUUUUACAAAUUCGAUGACAUAUUUCUGUAUUUCAUUUUCAAAAAA